AUGGACACUGUGAAACAGACAGAUGCUGGUACGAAUACGGGUUUCACUACAACGAAAAAAGAAACUCGGAUUGGAAAUGCAGCGCCUCAAAAACUGAUCGGUCAUGGAGCCCACACCAACUCUGGUAACAGUAAAAAAUGGACUCCACUUCACUAUGCAGCUAAAGCUGUCUACACUGAAGCCGCUUCGACAUUGAUCAACAACGGGGCAAAUAUCCGUGCCCGUUCCAGCGAACGACAAACGCCACUUCAUGUGGCGGCUAAAUAUGGAAAUCUGCGAGCAGUCCAGUGUUUGUUAAACGCUGACGCGGAGAUAAAUUGCUUCGAUUCCAAAGGCUGGGCACCGCUUCACUAUUCGGCCCAAAAAGGUCACACCGAAAUUGUAAAACACCUGCUUGCCGGUGGAGCCAACGCAAACUUUGAAGGAAAUUAUAAGGAAACUCCCCUCAAUUUGGCAGCUCGCAAAGGACAAACGGAUGCGGUUAGGUGUCUGAUCAAUGAAACAACAACGCUUGAUUUACAGGAUAGUAACGGAUGGACAGCACUUCAUUAUGCGUCCUUAAACGGAUUCGAAGCUAUCGUUACACUGUUAAUCGCGCACAAAGCUAACGUGAAUGGUCUCACAAACCGACAGGAAACCCCGCUUCAUUUUGCAGCUAAAAAAGGCCACACUGAAAUUGUCAAACUUCUGCUAGAUUCGUCAGUCAUGGUUGACUGCCAGGAUUGGCAUGGAUGGACUCCGCUUCAUUACGCAACAAGGAAAGGUCAUAGCUCGCUUGUCCACCUGCUGCUUGUUCGGGGGGCUAACAUCAACGUAACAACCAACGAAAAGCUGACUCCGCUUCACUUUGCUGCUCGGCAUAGUCGCAUCGGCUGUUUGAAGCAUCUUAUAAACCAAUCGACAGCUGUCGUCGACUGCGCCGACAACAACGGCUGGACACCGCUUCAUUUUGCAGCGUAUCUUGGAUGCUCAGAAGUUCUGAACCUGCUGCUGGAUGCUGGGGCAAACCCUGGGGCAGUUACAGUGGUCGGUGAAACUGCCUUUCAUUUAGCAAUUUAUAAAAACUGUAGUGAAAUUAUUUCACGCUUGUUUGAUGCGGUUCCCGUUGAUCAACCAGAUGGCCACGGGUGGACUGCCCUUCAUUACGCUGCCAAAUUUGGACAGUUAUCUGUGGCUCAACGGCUGCUUGCCGCCGGAGCCAAGGUAAAUGCCGUGACCCAUCAGAUGGAAGCACCGCUUCAUUUCGCCGCCAGAGAAGGACAUCGAAGUGUUGUGGAAUACCUGUUGACGCAGGAAGCCGCCGUAAAUGGCGUCACGGUCGAUGAAUGGACACCUCUUCAUAUGGCUGCUUUUCAUAAUCAUCCGAACGUCGUGCAGCUUUUGCUAGUUCAUGGUGCGAGGGUGGAUGCCGUGACAGAUAGUGGAAGCACGGCUCGGCGGUUGGCAGAAGUGGCUAACAAUAUGGAUGUGGUUGAGUGUUUGGAUAAUUUUGGUGAACAAUGCGAUCAACUUUUGACGAGGAGAUAG